UCCUGGUGAUGGGGCCAGGGUGGGGGCUCAGCCUCUCCAAGCCUGUGAGUCAGCACUGUCCCCGAGAUUGGCCCAUCUGCUUCGUGCCCCGCCCCGGGGCGGAGCCAGGCGGCUUCUGGUCCUGCCCGUUCUUCACUCGCCAGAGAAAAGGCUCCAGGCUGGGCUGGGAUGGGGCCUGGAGCUGUGGGGGUCUAAGCCGGGGCAGUGGGAGCCGCCUGUUCCCUUACCUUCCCCAGGGCCCCCGCAGGUCCCUGGGCAAUGGCGGCCAGCUCGGGCUAAAGGACUGGGGAUGCCCCCUGCCUGGCCCCCUUGCCCCCUGACUGGCAGGGGGGCCGGGCCGGGCAGCAGCCUCCCUCUCCAGCCAUGGAUCUCCUGCCCCCCAAGCCCAAGUACAAUCCACUUCGGAAUGAGUCUCUGUCGUCUCUGGAGGAGGGUGCCUCGGGAUCAACCCCGCCGGAGGAGCUGCCGUCCCCCUCUGCCUCCUCCCUGGGACCCAUCCUGCCGCCUCUGCCGGGGGAUGAGAGUCCCACCACCCUGUGCUCCUUCUUCCCCCGGAUGAGCCACUUGAAGCUUGCAAACCCGGCGGGGGGGCGCCUGGGCCUGAAGGAGGGGUCUGCCCGGGCGACUGAGGAUGGGGAGGGGCCCGGGGGCGCAGCCCCUCGGGACUCAGGCCCCCUGCCCCUCCUCCAGGACAUGAACAAGCUGAGUGGCGGCGGGCGCCGGACUCGGGUGGAAGGGGGCCAACUGGGGGGCGAGGAGUGGACCCGGCACGGGAGCUUUGUCAAUAAGCCCACACGGGGCUGGCUGCACCCCAACGACAAAGUCAUGGGACCUGGGGUUUCCUACUUGGUCCGGUACAUGGGCUGUGUAGAGGUCCUGCAGUCAAUGCGUGCCUUGGAUUUCAACACUCGCACCCAGGUCACCAGGGAGGCCAUCAGUCUGGUGUGUGAGGCAGUGCCGGGUGCCAAGGGCGCUACGAGGAGGAGAAAGCCAUGUGGCCGCCCACUCAGCUCCAUCCUGGGCAGGAGUAACCUGAAGUUUGCCGGGAUGCCCAUCACACUCACCGUCUCCACCAGCAGUCUCAACCUCAUGGCCGCAGACUGCAAGCAGAUCAUCGCCAACCAUCACAUGCAGUCUAUCUCGUUUGCUUCCGGCGGGGACCCGGACACGGCCGAGUAUGUUGCCUAUGUUGCCAAAGACCCAGUCAAUCAGAGAGCCUGCCACAUCCUGGAGUGUCCUGAAGGGCUCGCUCAGGAUGUUAUCAGCACCAUUGGCCAGGCCUUUGAGCUGCGCUUCAAACAAUACCUCAGGAACCCACCCAAGCUGGUUACUCCCCACGACAGGAUGGCCGGCUUUGACGGCUCAGCAUGGGAUGAGGAGGAGGAAGAGCCCCCCGACCAUCAGUACUACAACGACUUCCCAGGAAAGGAACCCCCUCUUGGGGGGGUGGUGGACAUGAGGCUUCGAGAUGGGGCCCUCCCAGGCCCGGCUCGGCCUCCCCCACCCAGUGCCCAGCCUCCCAGCCAUCUGGGCGCAACAUUGCCAGUGGGACAGCCAGCAGGGGGAGACCCAGAAGUUCGAAAACAGAUGCCACCGCCACCACCGUGCCCAGGCCGAGAGCUCUUUGAUGACCCCUCCUAUGUCAAUGUCCAGAACCUGGACAAGGCCCGGCAAGCAGGGGGUGGGGCUGGCCCCCCUCCUGCUGUCAACGGCAGCACACCUCGAGACCUCUUUGACAUGAAGCCUUUUGAAGAUGCCCUGCGGGGGCCCCCAGCAGCUCCAACAGUGGCAGCGGCAGCAGUGGCUGCGGCGGCUAUGGCUGAGCAGCUCCGAGGAGAGCCCUGGUUCCAUGGGAAGCUGAGCCGGCGGGAAGCUGAGGCCCUGCUGCAGCUCAAUGGGGACUUCCUGGUACGGGAGAGCACGACCACAGCCGGCCAGUAUGUGCUCACCGGUUUGCAGAGCGGGCAGCCCAAACACCUGCUCCUGGUGGACCCUGAGGGUGUGGUUCGGACUAAGGAUCACCGCUUUGAGAGUGUCAGUCACUUGAUCAGCUAUCACAUGGACAACCACUUGCCCAUCAUAUCUGCAGGCAGCGAACUGUGUCUCCAGCAGCCUGUGGAGCGAAAACUGUGACCUCGACUGCGGGAUGUAUGAAGCUCCUCCAGCCACCCUCGGCCUCUCGGGCUCCUUGGGGAGUGCUCUAUGGGCUGGGCCUUGUGGAGGAGAUGGGAGAGCAGGGGCUCUGGGUUCAGCCUUCUCUUGAGUGAGAGGGUUUGAGUCAGGAGCCGGGGGUAGAAGCCCACUUCUCCCCAAAUUUCACCAAAGUAUUAAUAUACAGAGCGGCCCCCUUGCCUGUGCCAAUCUGAUCCCCCCUUCCCCCAGAAGGUGGGCACGUGAGACCGGGGCAGUGUGUCCCCUGGUACUGGGACACGCUCUCGGUGACAGGUCUGCAGGAGCAGUCUCUCUUCCAGGGAUGGGGAAUGAAUCACACCACCUCUCCACCCGGGCUCAGGGUAACCCAGACCUCUCUCAGCAACCCUUCCACCUAGUGUUUUUCAACUUUGUGCCUUUGACCAUCUCCUAGGUCUGAAGAUACUUUAUGCAAAGAGGUCUUGGGCCCUCGAGGCCAAGGACAGGGGCCAUGACACCUUGGCUUCAGGGUCCCUGUCCUCUCCUUGCUCAGCAUCCUCUCCAGUUUAGGUUGGGAGGGCAGACCAGGAGUGGCCACUGUCCCCUCUCCCAGGGGACAUGAACCCUUAGUGAUUGCCUCGGAGCCCACCUCCCACUGGGGGAGAUGGACCCCCUCGGUGUUCAGUGCCUCCUGGUAGAGGCCCCAUGCCUAAGGGCUCGGUCUGUGGCCUGUGAGCCCCUCCUCUCUGUGUUGCAUGCAUGUAUUCUCUGCAGCCAAAGUGUAGCCAUUCCUCCCUGAACCUAUGGGGGUAGGGAGGGGAGGUGGAUUUGGGGCCUCCUAAACUCUCCCAGGUGGGUUUUUCGGAGAUGGGAACCGGCCUUCAGACUCUAAAAGCAGUGGACAAUCCCCUAGUACCAUCUGUAGAUUUGGAACUGCGUUUUUUAUUUUAUAUGCGUAUAUUUUGGGGUUGUAGUUCUUUUUGAAUUUGUUUUCCAUGGCUUAUUCUUGAGCAUACACAAAAAAAGCCCAAGAUGAUGUAUCAGUUGCAUUUAUACAACACCUCCUUGAUUUUUCAAAAGCCCCUCUAUAGCUGUUGAUUGAUCUUUUCUGUACCUCAGCCUGAAGGCUGCAUUACCCUUUUCUACAAGAGACUUCUGAGGUCCAGAGAAGCUGAUGAACUAGGCAGGAGACUUUGGGCCCCUGGCAUGGUUGGAAGCUGAGAUUUGGCUGGAUGAAUGUUAGUCUCACUCCGGGACAUUAAAACCCUGAAGUUUCAGAGGACAGUGUAUAACAGCUCCCGGUGUUGGCCCUAGAGAAGGCUGGAAGGUGGGGAGGGGGCGGCUGCCUUCACCUGGUUCUGGUUUAGGCCUUGUGGGCAAGAGAGAAUUGUCUCGGUCCUCGCCUACUUUUUUUGUUUUUGUUUUGUUUCCACGUUUUCACGGGUCUUAUGAUACCAAAGGGAAAUAAUCUUCAUUAAAAUCCGUAUUUCUUCUA